AUGUCCACCACCCACUCACAAAAGUACACUCCAGCUACAGCAGCCUCUAAUGCAACUGCCCAAAAUGCACAAACUCCAUUUCCCAGGGGAACCCUGGGCUCUAAGGACCAGAUCAGGGACCUUGGUGGUGGUCAGACCAAUCACUGCAUGGCCAACUCCAAGCACCCCAGGAUGGGCGAGGCGGGCACCAGCUCGGCCAGCCUCAGCCCCUGCGCCCCCUCGUCACCCCUCAACAGCGAGGAGGAUGAUGGAGGGGGCGGGCGGUGGGCGAAGAAGAAACGAAAGAAAAAAGACAAGCGGGGCGAGCCUGGCAUUGCCUGGCAGCACAAGGGCUUGGAGAGAGACAUGAAACCAAAUAAAAAGAAGGAGCAGAAAGAAGAGAAGGAGCUGCUGCUGCGCAAUUUCAAGGAGCCCAGGAAGGUGAAGGCACCAAAAGAGGUGAAGAGAGGGAGAAAACCCAAGGCGCAGGCCCUGCCCCAUCCUCCUUCAGAAUGCAAGAGCGCCCCCUCUCCUUCCAGACAGAGGGGCCGCAAACCCAGAGCGCAAGUCUUCCAAGGGCCGGUCCCAGCGGAGAAGAAGAAAAAGGGCAAGCGGAAAAGCGAGGCAGUUCUCCAGGAGGCUGGGGAUAGAGAUAAUGUGACCUUCCUGUCCGCGCUGGCCAUCGGGGGAGAGGAGAGCAUCGAUCCCCUCGACAACACGAAGCGUCGCUCGGGGCGACAGGUGAAGCGCAGGAAGUACAAUGAGGACCUGGACUUCAAGGUGGUGGAUGACGACGGGGAGACUAUUGCUGUGCUGGGGACGGGCCGUAUCCCUGCCCUCAACGCUGCCACUAUCACCUGGCAGGCUGAGGAGCCCCCUGAAGAUGAGGCAAACGUUAUUGAGAAGAUCCUGUCGGUUCGAACUGUGAAGAAAGAGGCGUCCCCUGAGGAUGCAACUGAGGAGUCCGAGGAGUUCUAUGUCAAGUACAGAAAUUUCUCCUACCUGCAUUGUAAAUGGGCGACAUUGGAGGAGUUGGAGAAGGACCCUCGCAUCCAGCAAAAAAUCAAGCGCUUCAGGACUAAGCAUGCCCAAAUGAAGCACAUAUUCGUUGAGCCGAAUGAAGACCUCUUUAACCCUGACUACAUAGAAGUGGAUAGAGUUCUGGAGGUGGCCAUCACGACAGACACAGAGACAGGAGAGGAGGUGACACACUACCUGGUGAAGUGGUGCUCCCUGUCCUAUGAGGAGGCUACAUGGGAGCUUCAGGAAGAUGUGGACCCGGUGAAGAUUCGGGAGUUUGAGGAGAUCAAGAGAAUCCCUGAAUUGAAAUUUGUGGAAAGACCUCAGCCAGACAAGUGGCAGAAGCUGGACAAAUCCAAAGACUAUCGAAACGGGAACCAGCUGAGAGAGUACCAGCUGGAGGGCAUGAACUGGCUGCUCUUCAACUGGUACAACAGGAAGAACUGCAUCCUGGCUGACGAGAUGGGCCUGGGGAAGACCAUCCAGUCCAUCACGUUCCUCUUUGAGAUGUUCUCCAUGGGCCUGCGGGGACCCUUCCUCAUCAUCGCCCCCCUUUCCACCAUCACCAACUGGGAGAGGGAGUUCCGCACCUGGACUGAGAUCAACGUCAUUGUCUACCACGGCAGCCAGAUCAGUCGCCAGAUGAUCCACCAGUAUGAGAUGUACCACAAGGACCAGCAGGGAAAUGUAGUGUUGGGCGGGUACAAGUUCCACGGAGUGAUCACCACCUUUGAGAUGAUUAUGGCCGACUGCCCGGAGCUGAAGAAGAUCCACUGGCGCUGCGUGGUCAUCGAUGAGGCCCACCGCCUCAAGAACCGCAACUGUAAACUCCUGGAGGGCCUCAAGCUCAUGAACCUGGAACACAAGGUCCUCCUGACAGGCACCCCCCUGCAGAACUCAGUGGAGGAGCUCUUUAGUCUGCUCAACUUCCUGGAGCCCCUACAGUUCCCCUCAGAGAGCCUCUUCUUGGAGGAGUUUGGAGAUCUGAAGACUGAGGAACAGGUGAAGAAGCUUCAGGCCAUCCUGAAGCCCAUGAUGCUGCGGCGGCUGAAGGAUGACGUGGAGAAGAACCUGGCGCCCAAGGAGGAGACCAUCAUCGAGGUGGAGCUCACCAACAUGCAGAAGAAGUACUACCGGGCCAUCCUGGAGAAGAACUUCACCUUCCUGGCCAAGGGGGCCAACCAGCACAACAUGCCCAACCUCAUCAACACCAUGAUGGAGCUGCGCAAGUGUUGCAACCACCCGUACCUGAUCAAAGGUGCGGAGGAGAAGAUCCUGGAUAGCUUCAGGAAAACGCACAGCCCUGAUGCUUGGGACUUCCAGCUCCAGGCCAUGAUUCAGGCGGCGGGGAAGCUGGUGCUUAUUGACAAGCUGCUGCCGAAGCUGAUUGCUGGCGGCCACAAGGUGCUGGUCUUCUCCCAGAUGGUGCGCUGCCUGGACAUCCUGGAGGACUACCUCAUCCAGAGGAGGUACACCUAUGAGCGCAUCGACGGCAGAGUGCGGGGUAACCUGCGCCAGGCAGCGAUCGACAGGUUCUGUAAGGUGGACUCGGACCGCUUUGUGUUCCUGUUGUGUACCCGUGCUGGGGGCCUGGGCAUCAACCUGACCGCUGCAGACACCUGCAUCAUCUUCGACUCGGACUGGAACCCCCAGAACGACCUACAGGCCCAAGCUCGCUGCCACCGCAUCGGCCAGAGUAAAGCAGUGAAAGUGUACAGGCUGAUCACCAGGAACUCCUAUGAGAGGGAGAUGUUUGAUAAAGCCAGUCUGAAGCUGGGGCUAGACAAGGCUGUGCUGCAGGACAUUAAUCGAAAGGGCAGCCUCAAUGGGGCGCAGCAGAUGACCAAGAUUGAGGUGGAGGACCUGCUGAGGAAGGGGGCGUAUGGCGCACUGAUGGAUGAGGAGGACGAGGGCUCCAAGUUUUGUGAGGAGGACAUCGACCAGAUCUUGCAGCGCCGCACCCAAACUAUCACCAUCGAGACAGAGGCCAAGGGCUCCACCUUCGCCAAGGCCAGCUUUGUGUCUUCUGGAAACAGAACUGACAUUUCCCUGGACGAUCCCAACUUCUGGCAGAAAUGGGCCAAAAUAACCGAGCUGGAGAUUGACUCCAAAGCAGAGAAGGAGAGCCUGGUGAUUGAUACGCCUCGUGUGAGGAAGCAGACUCGUCACUACAACUCGUUCGAAGACGACGAGCUGAUGGAGUUCUCUGAGCUGGACAGCGACUCAGAAGAGAGGCCCUGUCGCACCCGCCGCUUCAGCGAGAGGAGCAGACGCUACCUCCGCGCCGACUGCUUCCGCGUCGAGAAGAACCUGCUCAUAUUCGGCUGGGGUCGCUGGAAGGACAUCCUGACCCACGGGCGCUUCAAGUGGCAACUGGGUGAGCGUGACAUGGAGGUGCUGUGCCGGGCACUGCUGGUCUACUGCGUGCGUCACUACAUGGGCGAUGACAAGAUCAAGAGCUUUAUCUGGGACCUCAUCACACCUGCCAAGGAUGGCCAUAAACAAGACCUGCAGAACCAUUCUGGCCUGUCGGCCCCAGUGCCCAGGGGACGCAAGGGUAAGAAGCUAAAGAACCAGCUGAGCGUGCCCGAGAUGAAGCAUGCAGACUGGCUUGUCAACUGCAACCCAGAGGUAGUGCUACAGGACGACAGCUACAAGAAACACCUCAAGCAGCACUGCAACAAGGUACUUCUGAGGGUGAGGAUGCUGUACUACCUCAAGGCGGAGGUCCUGGGAGAAACUGCUGCUCAGUUCCUGGAGGGCAUCCAUGCCAGUAAACUGGAGGUGGCACUGCCUGAUAUUGACUACAUCGAGAUCCCAGCAGGCUGGUGGGAUGCAGAGGCGGAUAAGUCUCUCCUCUUAGGAGUGCACAAACACGGGUAUGAGCGAUACAAUGCCAUGCGGGCCGACUCAGAGCUAUGCUUCUUGGAGCGGGUGGGCAUGCCUGACGUCACGGCGCUCUCAGCCGAGCAGAGUGGAGGAGAGGUGGUGGCUGACCUCACUGACAGUGCUUGCAAAAGUGAUGAUGUGAAAGACGAUCCUGAAUGCAAUCUGGAGGAGGGAGGAGUGGAAAAGGUUGAUAAUAAGGAUGAAACCAGCUCCAGUAAUGAUGCAAUGGACAAGCAUGACAGUGUUGGUCAAGACACACUCUCAGUGGAGAUGGUCCAGGAGAGCUUUGGCCAGGAGGGCAUGGAGCUAAAGGGUCGCCCUCUGUGGCCGGCCGGCCCUGCCCUUACGGCCAGGCUACGUCGCCUCAUCACGGCCUACCAGCGCUUCAUGCGGCGUGAGCCGCUGCGCCACGACUUCCUGCUACCUGAAGGGCUGGGGGCAGGCCUGGGGACGAUGUCCUGGCAGCUGGGGGAGGAGAUUAGGCGUUGCUCGGUGGCCGCCGCCGAACCUGACCCUCUCUUCCUGGAGUGGCAGAGAAGGUGGACACGGCGUGAGCAAGCAGAUUUCUACCGCACCGUGUCGUCGUUCGGUGUGGUGUACGACCCGGAGAAGAAAACAUUAGACUGGAGUCCUUUCCGCUCCUUUGCCCGGUUGGAGAGGAAGACCGACGAGAGCCUGGAGAGAUACUUCAGUAGCUUUGUGUCCAUGUGCCGCAGCGCCUGCAGAUUGCCCCCCAGGAAGGACGAAGGGCCUCUGGACCACAACCUGUUUGUGGAGCCCAUCACAGAGGAGCGAGCAGCACGCACCCUCUACCGCAUCGAGCUGCUGCGCAAGGUCAGGGAGCAGGUGCUGCGCCACCCACUGCUGGGCUCGCGACUGCAGCUGUGUCGGCCUAGCCUCUACCUGCCUGUGUGGUGGGAGUGUGGCAAGCAUGACCGCGACCUCCUGAUUGGAGCGGCCCGCCACGGCCUCAGCCGCACUGACUGCUACAUCCUCAAUGACCCGCAGCUAUCUUUCCUGGAUGCCCAUCGCAACUACGUCCAGAAGGAGAAUCACCAGGGCUACCAACCCAGUGUGCACCACGCAGGCAUGGCCCCCUCACCGCACCACCACCCCUGCUGCAUCUAUGAGACGGGCCUCGGCCAAUGCCACUCUCCCCAGCCGCCGGAGUACGGUCACCCAGCCAUCCCCUCCUCGUCGAUCCACUUCCAUUCUCACCCGAACGUCCACGGUCACCCACCAGAGAUAGUGGGCAUGGGCCCCGGUGGCAGCCUAGGUAUGGUGUCUGGGCCAAGGGAGGGCUUCCUGGUUUGCCCUCCUCUGGAUGAGUCAUUGGAACUGGCAUCACUGCAGCAUGAGGGCCUGGCCUCAGAUUCCCUCCAUGGCAAGUCUGCCAAGGAGGCCUUCAACGGGUUCCCCUUCAACUCAGCGCAGGGCGGCCAGAGCAUGCUCAACUCGUAUGGUGUGCAGGCGGAGCUGACCAGCGAGCAGUCGGCUGACAUGGACCCAAUCAUCUCAGGCAAGCUGCGCAGCGACGUGCUGGUGGGCUCCUCGGAAGAGAAUGGCCUUAUGGCUCCCUUGCUGGAGCUGGAACAGGAGCUGCAGGCGCCCUGGGAGAGCACGGACCACACAGGCACAGCAGACGUCGUGGGCAUGUUCAACGAGGCCGACCCCAUCCUGGGGGCACCAGCCCUUGAUACAGAGUUCCUGGACACAGAGGAGCAGCCGGGAGACGGGGGAAGGGAGGACGGAGCAGGGGGAGUGCUUGACGACUGCCUAGGUAUACCCUCAUCCCGGAGCGGCCCAGGGGAGCCGCUGCCCUCCAGUUUCAUGCUGUUCAAGAACAUUGACGUGAGCGAGGAGGAGCCUGCUGCAGAGCACACAAACCUCUCCGCCAGCCCGCUUCCUUCCUACAUCCCCCCUCCGCACCUGUCGCUGUCCCAUCUGACCUUGCACCCCCACCACCACAACCAGGGUGAUGUCGAGCAGCCAGAGAAGUUGAGUGACUCGGACACUGUCGCCCACGUGCCCAGCCCCGACGAGAGGGAGGCAGAGAGGGAUGUGUCCUUUCAGUUUGACAAGGAGAUGUCUGUGGACAGUCCAAGUCUGGUGGGGCUGGAGCAGGGCCUGGACCCCUCAUGUAUACCAUGCGAGGACACUCUCCAAGAGGAGCCCUGCUAUGGGAUGGGAAUGGGCUCUCCAGUGGAGUCAUGUCAGGUGGCUCUAGAGAGGCCAGGAGAAGAGACUUUAGAAAGGGACACGCCCUUAGGGCCAGUUGAGGGGCUUCUAGAGGGACAGGUAGAAGAACCCUUGGAGAUAUCGCCCAUGGAUUCCCAGGAGGAGGAACCAGUGGAUGGGCCUCUGGAAGACUUCGGUAAAGACAAAGCACCAGAAGGACCAUUCACAGGGCCGUUGGAGCAGUACGACGUAGAACCAGAAGCUGACUUCGAGGGGCCUGCCGAAGCAGAGAGCACUUUAAGCGAACACACACUCCCCACUGUUGACGCUACAGACACUCUGCCCCCAUCCUCCUCAGUCCCCAGGCCCCAGCCUGAGCCACCACUGUCCCCACGUGUGGUGGGAGUGACACAGAUCAAACUUGAGUUCCCUCUGGACCCAGAGAGCUCUGAGAGCAAGUCAGACAUACUGGAGCCUGACAGCACUGUCCUCACGCCCAAACUGGAGCAGACAGAGGUGCUGCUGGAAGUGAAGGACAAGAUCAAGGAGGAGAGGCCCCAAACUCCAGCCUCUCUAGUGGACAGCUAUGUGGAGGUGGCACAGUUUGCAGUCCCCAUGUCCAUGUGUGAGAUGCCUGACAGUCUGCAGGACGUGCGGGAGCCCACCAUCGCCCAGCUGCUGCAGGAAAAAGCCCUCUACUCCUUCUCCGAGUGGCCAAAGGAUCGGGUGAUCAUCAACCGCCUGGACAGCAUCUGUCACGCCAUCUUGAAGGGGAAGUGGCCCUCUUCCAGCCAGCAGUAUGACUCCCCUAGCUCUCUGGCAAACACCUGUGUGCCUAACAUUGUGCACCAGAGGGCUGGCUUCAUUUCAGCCAGGGUACAGCCAUCCCAGAGCCUCAACUUCAACAUCCCAGCCCCUCCUGUAACCCACCUUCCCAAGUACAAGUCAAGAGAUGCAGGGGAAUGCAGCCAGGGAGGCUGGAGGUUGACAUCCUUGCCUCUCUUGCAGGAGAGGCUGGUGGCGCCGCCCUAUUUGCCUGAACUAAAGCGGGGUAGGCGUGCGUUUGAAUACAAGGCAGAGGUGCUCAGUAAGCAGUGCCACACAGGGGAGAAGAUGCCUGUAACCGUGUCGAACAGAGGCGGGGCGCUGCUGCUCAAAGGCUGGCAGGAGGCGGCCAUGGACCUCUCCAAGGCCGGGGAUCUGGGCAUUGGGGGCGACGCGGCAGCCACUGUAGGCCACAUGAGUCACCAGGUCCUCCCCGGUGCCCGAAAACUGCCCGCCAUGAGCGCCAUGCAGGGUUCAGUGGGGAAGGACAUGGCCGGGAUCCUGCAGGCAGGUCUCAUCCACCCCGUCACCGGCCAAAUUGUCAACGGCAACCUGAGGUGUGACGACGCAAUCAUGCGCCGGAGGAGAGGCAGACGGAGAAACGUGGAGGCGGUUGACAUCGGGUUUGUCAAGAGCAGAGGAAUGCAUGUGCAGGAAAAACAGGUCACCAGCCAUUCUGCAGUGUCGUCCACCUCCUCCCCACCGGAGCGCCCCCCGGGAACCUCCACCCCCACCCUGCCAGAGGUGGUGGCCAUCGACAGAGAGGCUGCCAACAAUGGCUUGAUGGAAUGGCUGCGACAGAAUCCCAACUGUAGCAUGGAGGUGCCCACUUUCGCACCGUCUCCUGGCUCAGCGAUUCUGCACAGCUUUGUGGAGCGGCCCAAGCAGCGGCGGCAUCGCUGUAAAGACCCCACCAAGCUGGAUGUCAACUCCCUAACAGGGGAAGAGAGGGUGCCAGUGGUCCACAGGAGCACUGGCCGCAGGGGCUUUCUUCCUGAGGGCAAGUUCACCCGCAUCCUCACUGAGCCCGUGAGCCGCGACCAGGGGCCCCGCCGCCGGGGCCGUCGUCCCCGCAGCGAGAUGCCCAAGCCCCUCCUCUCCGAGUCUCCCAUGGGCCCGCUCUGUAUGAACGGCGGCCUGAUCGGCAGCAUGGACCUGGUCAGCCUCCAGAACCUCCACAAUGUCCAGGGCAUCCCACUCACAAGCUUGAUGGGAUUCCCCCAUGGCUUUGCUGUGUCCGCCGGUGAAGACGCAAAGAAUGGUCUGAGUAUGCUGCCUAUGAUGCUCCACGGCGUACACGGCGCCCCCCACAUGUUCAGUGUUCAGGGGCUGAUGGGGUUGCCGCCCACCUGCUCUGCUUCCACCUCUUCCUCCACAGCUGUAGUUACCACCACUGCGGCCUCCUCCUCAGCGGCCAGUAGCCCCUCUCGAGGCCCCGGCCAGGCAUCUUCAAGCACAGGGGCCGAGGGCUCUGGCAUUCAGUCUGGCAGAGAGAGAAAGAGGGAGGAAAAGCAGCAAGGCGCGAUGGGCAGCCACAGCAUUGCGGCCAUCACCACCACCACAGCGACCAGCAGCAGCAGUGGCAGCCACCAGGCCUUCAACCCUUUCCUCAUUCCGGGGAUGUCCCAUGGACUGCUGUACCCUCACAUGUUCCUCCCGCACGGGGGCGUCAUGGCGCUGCCAGGCAUGCCGCCUGCAGACUCCUCCAUUAGCCCAAAGACGAAGAAGAAAAGAACAAGGGAGGAAGGGGUGGUGGUGGUGGUGGUGGAGGCAGGCAGCCACAGCCACUUACAGACGGACAGUGGGCCUCCGAAAAAACACAGUGAUGGCCAGACUGGGGAGAGCACGGCUGACCAGGCUGGGCCGGAGGACAGGGAGCAGAUGGAGGACAACAUUCAGGAGGGCGGCACGGGACACGACUCCCAUGAUCCUCCAGAGGUAAACCCCAAGAAGAGCGUUGAAGAGGAGAGAGGAACGAUGGAGAUUAGCUUGAUGGAGGAGAAAAAACUGCCUGAGGAGGAGAGCGUGUCAAGGGGGGCAGAGUAGACUUCACAAUAUACUUCUUCUCCCACCUCUUUCUUACUGUGCAACAGUUUUAAGUUUGUGGUGUGUAAGUACCUUCAUUUGUAUGUAAAUACUUUUAUUAUCAACCUAUUUUUUAUAGUUCUGCCCUGUAGCAAAUUUGUGAUUAUCUUAUACUAUAUAUCCCCACACAUGCUCCAUUCAAGAACUUCAUGAAAGAGAUGCAAACACACACUUGCGAAGGGAGGAAUUAAUCAACGUUGUUACAUGGUUAUAACAAUUCAAGCAUUUUUGACGGUCUGUUACAUCAUUUAGAUGCCUGGUAUGUCCUGGUUGCAAAAAGGUAAAGCCGGGAGCCUGUUUGACUGAAGAGGAUAAAGAUUGUGGGUUGUGUUCAUUAGGGCAUGCAAUGGAGAACAUUGUCAAACGGUUUCAAUGGGAAAUGAAAAUGUGUUUCUUAUCAAGUCGUCCCAUCUUUUUUGUCAGUUUUUUUUAAUCCAUUUGGUGCCUAAUGAUCACAACCAAGAACGAUGUAGCCUUCUAGUGAUUACUGUCCCCUCAGUUUCCUUGAUGGUAUUAAGGAAUGUGAAUAUCCCAUUAAAGUUGUUUAAUGUCCCGAAAGCCUAAAACUAAUAGCAAUUUUAUUUGAAGGUCCUUUAAAAUGUGUUGAAUAUAAUACUUUUUAUAUCAAUGCAUGCAAGGUAACUUGCAGUCCCAAGUUUGAUUAGUAGCAUAACUGCUGCUAAGAAGUUCUGAAUAGGACAGCUUUUGUCCAUCCCUAUUUUGUUUGUCUUGUUACUGCUGUGUAAAACAUUUUUAAAAGGAAAAUAGACAAACGAAAGUGCGUAUAACAGAUUUAGAGAAAACAAUGAUGCUAGUAUAACCAAUCGAGAGAACACAUAUUCAGUACGACAGCCACUCAAAAAAAGGCAAAGACUAAUCCUGAGUUUUGAUAAUGCUUUAAAAUAUAUAAUCUCACAAAGUCACUUUGGGACGUGAUCAGCUGUGUCAGUGUGGGAGCAGUGAAGAGGUACCAUAGACAGUCUGUCACAGAGAGCUCUGUUGAGAGCGCCAGUGCCUCACCGGUGAGGGACAAGCACACAGGGUACUUCACUAAGGGAGAGGGGUGGUGGGGGAUGUGCAAAAUAUCAAAAUAAUAUGUCCAUUCCCAUCCGCCUUUCCAGUGUUAGGGAAAAGUUAGUCGUUUGAUCACAGAUACUGUAUGUAAAGCAGUGGCAGAGUGCCUCGUUGUUUUAAAGGCUUCGUGGUCUCCUUUUCUUCCCUUAGAAGCAUUUUAAACUCCUGUAGACUAGGUCAUACUCAGAAUGUUUAAAACAAAUCUAUCUAUUUAGCUGUAUAUUGCUGUUCCUUUUGUUUACAUGCACACCACAUUUUUAGUUUUCUCCGUUAUGUCCCUUGACAUUGGGGGGAAAUGGCAAAAUCAGUACCAGUGUUUAUUGUAUUUAACAUAAUGUACUACACUAAAUGGAUGCAAAAGCUGAUUUUAUUCUCAAUUUUACAACAGGGUCUGUUUUUUGGGGUAUAUGUUUUAGACUUGGCUUCUAAGCGUAACAACUUGACUUCUCUUUUUGUUUGAUUUUUUUUUUUCAUAUUAGAAAAGUGUCCUUUUGGUGAAUGUUUACCUGUAUUCUGUCUAUUAAGCUUUUAUUUGUGUAUGUGUACAUGCAUGCGCACACUUGCACAACCUGUCCCAUGGGUGACAUUUUGUCCUAGAGCUGUAUUUCUCUCUUGCUCUAGCGUCAUCUUUCUUUGUUGGAAGACAUGUUAUAGUUGCCUUGUCACAACUUGUGACUAUAAUUCAUUUGUUCUGCCAAACUUUCACCAAAUAUGACAUUUUUCUUUAAACUUAGUUGAUUAUAUUAAAAGUAAAAUGCC